UCAAAGGAUCCAACAGCCCCAUCAGAAAAAUGAAAACAAAUCUCAAUCUCUGCCUUCCACGCCUCCAAAGAUUCAACACCACCACCUCCUCAUCCUCUUCCUCCGCCACCUCCGCCGCCUCCCGACCCUCCAAACCCCUCACUCCCAUGACCCUCCUUGAGCGUUUUCGUGAAGCGGUGUUUCGUCUGAUCAUGCUCUCCGCGCUUUCAAAAGUUCAAAACAAUCCAACAACGACAGCAGCAACAACAGCAAGGACAAGGGCAAGGACAACGUGUUCGUUAUCGUCUUCUUCCUCGAUAUCUCACGCGUCACAGUCGUAUUAUUACAACCCGGCGGAUCCCCACCACAGCGAGGCCGUCGCCGACUGCAUUGAGUUCAUCAAGAGGAAGGCCUUCAGUGAUCAAGAUGAUGAUGAUCAGAGCCGUGAAUCGAGUGCCAGUAUCAGCUCCAAUAUUACUAUUGUACACGAUGCAGCUGCUGCAGCCACCGAGAUUAUAUGAUUUUCAUUUUUAUGAUUUUUUUUUUUUUCAGUUUAUUAAUAGAUUUAAGAUAUUGGUGAGGGGCUGUGGAUGUGAUAAUUUCAAGUU